UGGAAUACAAGAGCAAAACGAGAAAAACUAACAGAGCUAAUGUUUGAGCAUUACAAUAUUCCAGCAUUCUUCCUCUGCAAAACUGCAGUCCUUACAGCAUUUGCUAAUGGGCGAUCGACUGGACUAAUUUUAGAUAGCGGUUCUACACAUACAACAGCCAUUCCAGUUCAUGAUGGAUACGUACUUCAGCAAGGUAUUGUAAAAUCGCCACUAGCUGGUGACUUUAUCACCAUGCAGUGUAGAGAGUUAUUUCAAGAGAUGAGUGUGGAUAUAAUCCCUCCUUACAUGAUAGCUUCUAAGGAGCCUGUAAGGGAAGGUGCACCAGCAAACUGGAAGAAAAAAGAGAAGCUCCCUCAAGUUACCCGUUCCUGGCAUAAUUACAUGUGCACUUCUGUAAUCCAGGAUUUUCAAGCUUCUGUUCUUCAAGUUUCAGACUCCACAUACGAUGAACAAGUUGCGGCACAAAUGCCAACCGUUCAUUAUGAACUUCCUAACGGUUAUAACUGUGACUUUGGGGCUGAGCGUCUAAAAAUUCCUGAGGGAUUAUUUGAUCCUUCAAAUGUGAAGGUAAGUACUG